AUGGAUCAAUUCAAGAGUCUUGGCACGACUCAACCUACAAUAACCAAAGGAGCGAGUAACGAUGAGGUUGCAAUGGGAGACAGCGACGGUUUCACCAAGUUUAUCUUAGCUCUCUACUGCAUGAUCUGCGUGAUUGGUAUCACUGGUAACUUACUGGUGGCCAUUGUACUCCUCCGUGUGCCGUCCAUGCGGUCUAAUACCAGUGAUUUCUUAGUGCAUCUCUCCAUUGUAGAUUUGAUGGUCUGUGUUCUAGUUAUCCCCACUUUUCUCCUGCCUAGAACCCAAUCCGCUCCGAACCCUGGGUUCUUCGGUGAGUUUUGGUGUCGAUUUUACACCAGCGGGUUCCUGUUUUGGGUCUUCACGAUGACGUCAGUGUUAGGAUUGACCACGGUCAAUUUAGAGCGCUACGUAGCCAUCGUCUACCCACACAAAUACAAGACUCUUUUCAUCAAACGAAACAAGCACAUCAUGAUAGCUGCGUCUUGGAUUUUUGCCGCAGUUUUAAGAUCUCCCUCUUUCCUUAAGAAUGAAGAAGAUAAAGUGUUGGGAUGUCAUUUCAUUGGAUGGCCGAACAAAGGGGCUCAGGCGGCGUUUGGCUUGUACAGUUUCACGUUCAACUUCUUCGCUCCAUUCUCUGUGAUGUUAAUUGCGCAACUGAAAGUUAUCUUAGCGCUGAAAAGACAAGUGAAGAUGUUAACUGCACGAACAGUGUCUUUGGGAGUCAAUCCAAGCGACCUGCGUAAGAUGUGGCAGCUCCGAGCCUCCCAAACCCUGGUGAAGACACUCCUGGCUUGCAUUAUAACAUUUGGUGUGUGUUGGAUUCCAAACCAAUGCUGGUUCCUGAUCUUCAACUUCGGUGUUCCAUUGAAUCUGCAUGGGGCUUUUCGCCGUAUCACUGUCAUCUUAGCCGUGGGUAAUUCCUGUGUGAAUCCAGUCAUUUACACAAUGACCAACAAGCCGUUCCGUAAAGGGAUCAGGGAGCUGUUUUGCAAGCAGCGGGGUUCGAACCAGGUGGUUGACGGUGUAGCGAGUGGCACAAUGUCUCAGACUGUCUCCAAUGCUCAGAAUUAA